GUGGGCACGCGCCGCGCGUUUUGCCCUACGACACAGGAAAGGCUGUGUGCGCGGAGGACRCCAUUUCGCGCACAAGGAGACGAAUUUUGCUUCCCAGACGCCAUUCCCUAUCCCAGCGAUAUCACGACUCCGUCGGGCCACCGAUCUCAGCCUUCUCCUCAACUUACGGACUUUGCUAAUUGUUGAUUCCAGGACCUUCCCUGCACUAGACCAUUUUCCCUACCCAGUGUCUGAUUUGACCUCUUGACCUCUGGCUCAAAGGUCAGCUCCAAACUUCUGAACUCGGGCUUGGGAUGUGAGGGGGGACAGAGUCUUAAUUCCUCCAUUCUCUAGCCCCAGGUUCUAGGUCUCACCGUGCAGGCGCCCCAUAUCUCAAGAUUGACCCAGGAAUUCCUUAUCCAGUCCCAGAGAAUAAAAUAAUGCAUGCAYGUUUUCCCUUAAUAAGUCUCGAAAUGCAGCCCAACCCACCUCAGUUCCAUGCCAUAAAUCUGUUUCUGGAUUUAUGAACCCCACUCUGUUGACCCUCAGUUAACCUCAGGGCUUAAAUCAACCCUGGUUCUUCCUCCCAUGGUUCCAGGUUUUAGCCCUGAUCUUUUCCGACCUGCUGCUCAGCUCCCAGAUUCUGGAACUCAGUUCUAAAACCUUUCAAAUCUAGAAUCCUUUUGGAGGAUCCUCCUCUCUUCCAUUCUCYACCCCUCAGCCCAUCUUAUAGACCCCAAAAUGACUUCUCCAUGCUCCUCUUCCCUAGAACCCUCAAUCCCUUUUCGAAGAUCUCCUGAACCUCAAGCCCCCAUCGUCCCAACUCCUCCCCUACCUCCCAGUCCCUUGAACUUGGCCUUUCUACCCCAACCUUGUAGUCUCCAGUCCCAUAUACCCCCACCACCCCCGCUGCCUCCUCCACCUCCUGCCACUAGGGAUGCUCCCCCCCACGUCUACGGCCUGGAGAAGAGCCAGCUCCUGAAGGAGGCCUUGGAGAAGGCGGGCCCAGUCCCCACMGGCAGAGAAGAUGUAAAGAGGCUCCUGAGGCUGCACAAGGACCGGUUCCGKAGUGACUUGCAGUGGAUCCUCUUCUGUCGUGACCUGCCCUCCCUCAUCCAAGAAGGCCCUCAAUGUGGGUUGGUGGCUUUGUGGAUGGCAGGCACUCUCCUAUCACCCCCCAGCGGCAUCCCCCUGGAGAGGCUGGUGCAGGUAGCCAAGGAGAGAGGCUACACUGCCCAGGGAGAGAUGUUUUCUGUGGCAGAUAUGGGCAGGCUGGCCCAGGAGACAUUGAGCUGUCAAACCGAGCUGCUCUGUGGCGGCCUGGGUGGUCCCAACAGAGACCUUGUCCUGCGGCACCUUAUCACUGGAUAUCCCCUGCUUAUCCCCUACGAUGAGGACUUCAACCACGAACCAUGUCAGAAGAAGGGCCACAAGGCCCACUGGGCAGUGUGUGCAGGGGUACUGCUGGGUGUGCAGAGUGUGCCAAGCCUCGGCUACACAGAGGACCCUGAGCUGCCUGGCCUUUUCCAUCCCAAGCCUGGUGUACCCUGCCRGCCACCAUCCAUGCCAGAAGAAGGCUUCCCGGGAGCUGUCUUCCUUCUCUCCAAGCAGGGCAAGAGUUGGCACUACCAGCUGUGGGACUAUGACCAAGUCCGGGAUAGCAACCUACAGCUGACAGACUUCUCACCCUCAAGGGCUACUGAYGGACUGGUGUAUGUGGUGCCCACUGGUGGGGUGCGGGCUGGCCUCUGUGGCCAGGCCCUGCUGCUCAGACCACGAGAGUCCAGCAAUUAGCUGGGGUGUGGGUGCCUGACUGCCCCUUGGAUCUGUCACCAUUUGAAGAGUGCCCCAACUUCUCUUUCUGUGUGAUACCUAAAGGUCUGGGCUGAAUCUCUGAGAGCUUUCCACCUAGAGAUCCUUCAUCAGGGUCCCCCCACCCUUCCCAUUCAAGCCUGGACAUUGUCCCAAGUUCAAGCCCAAGCCUGUCUCUUCCAGAUCAAAUACCCAUUGAUUCCUAUCUCCAGAUCCUGUGWCCUGCACAGCCCACCUGAGUGUGCCAUCCACCUCCUUCUCUCCAAGGACUACAUUUUCUAAGCCACCAUGACCUUGCUGGACAUCUGCAGGAGCCUCCUUCCUGGACCCUUCUGCCCCGCUUCUGCUCACAGAACAGAAACUAAAUGCUUCCCACUCAGCUCCCCUCUGCUUGUCCUAGGCUGUUCCUCAUGCUCUGCCUACUGGCCUUACUGGUCUUUCAAGUCCCUAGAGUGUUAGGUACCACUUCCUCAGGGGACAGUCCCAGGACCUAGGCUAGGUGCCUACCCUGUCUUCUGGGUAUUUCAAGUCCCAUCUGAGAGCACGUAGGUCUGCCAACCCCCUCACCCGUGUUAAUUCACAGGUUCUCCGGCCCUGUAAGGGAAGUACUUAGAUUCCCUGUCUUAGCCCAUUUUACACAAAAUACUUGAAACCUUUGCAAAGAAUAGGUUKUAUUUGGCACUCUAGAGUGCUGGGAAGUCCAAGAGUGUGGCUGGCACCUGGGUAAGAGCCUUCUUGCUCCUUUUUUUUGGUACCAAGGAUCAAACCCAGGGGCAUUUAACCACGAAGCCACAUCCCAGCCUUUUUUGUUC